AUGGAGGACCCUGAGAAGAAGUUGAAUCAGAAGAGCGAGGAGAAACCCCGGAAAGUCCGAUUUAAAAUCUCCUCCUCCUACAGUGGCCGAGUGUUGAAGCAGGUCUUUGAAGAUGGGCAGGAAUUAGAGUCGCCAAAAGAAGAAUACCCUCACAGUUUUCUCCAGGAGGCCCUUGAACCAAUGGAUGGCGUUUAUGGGUCUGGGGAGCCCCCCAAGCUCCCACUGUACUCCCCUAAGCUGACUGCCCAGAGAAUCAGCGUGUACAGAGAAGGCAGCGCAUACACUCUGGCGGGCAGCCAGCGUCUGUUCAAUGAUUACAAGGCGAAUGACCAUAAGCCCCCACCUAUUAUAGAUUUUGGAAAGAUUAUCAUCUACACAAACAAUCUGAAAAUCAUUCGCACCCCGAUGGACAAGAGGGACUUCAUGAGGAAAAUUCUCCAGAAGGAAGAGGAGGCUGAGGAAGAGUCUCUGAUGAGCAAAGAAGAAAGCUAUGGAGACAGGGACCAGAGCCACGUGUCUCUCCCAGAGACAGAAAGCACACUUCCCCAUAAUCAGUACACACAGGAUGGAAAGCUUCCUGAGGACAACUGUCUUCACUGCCGGGGGUCGGGCAGUGCCACCUGCUCUCUGUGCCACGGCAGCAAGUUCUCAAUGCUGGCAAACAGAUUUAAGGAGUCCUAUCGGGCCCUGAGGUGCCCAGCCUGCAAUGAGAAUGGCCUGCAGCCUUGCCACAUUUGCAACCAAUAG